UAUAUGUGAAAGACAAAUGAAUUAAAGCAACAUGUCUCGUGGCAAACAUGCCACAUUUUCGGAUAAUUCGCCAAUUAAAAUCAAACCAUUCAUUAUUUUAGUCUUAAAUUUAAAUAUAUGGUGUCAGAAUAUUAGUGCAACUUCAUAUUUAACCCUAAAUGACCUAACCAAUUCUGAGCGACCUUACUUUGAUGAUAUCAGCCCAAGAAAUGUGUCGGCCGUCAUCGACGAAAUCGCAAUUUUAAGAUGUCGGGUGAAGAAUAAAGGAAAUCGAACGGUAUCAUGGAUGCGUAAGCGGGACCUUCACAUUCUUACAACGAACAUUUAUACGUACACCGGCGAUCAACGAUUUUCUGUAAUACAUCCACCAGGCAGUGAAGAUUGGGACUUAAAAAUCGAUUAUGCACAGCCACGAGACAGCGGCGUAUAUGAGUGUCAAGUGAAUACUGAGCCUAAAAUAAACUUAGCGAUUUGUCUGCAAAUAAUAGCUGGCAAUGACUUCCAAGACUUAAAAACUGAGAAGCGCUUUUACGACACAAAAUCUCGAGCAAAAAUUCUUGGAUCAACGGAAAUUCAUGUAAAACGGGAUAGCACUAUUGCCCUGGCUUGCUCAGUUAAUAUCCAUGCACCAUCAGUGAUUUGGUAUCAUGGCUCAUCAGUUAUUGACUUUGAUUCACUUCGCGGAGGAAUAAGUUUAGAAACGGAAAAAACUGAUAUAGGAACCACGAGUCGACUGAUGCUAACGCGAGCUUCAUUAAGGGACUCUGGAAACUAUACAUGUGUUCCAAAUGGAGCCAUUCCAGCUUCUGUUAGGGUUCAUGUAUUAACCGGUGAGCAACCUGCAGCAAUGCAAACUAGUGCUGCCAUUCGGAUUAGGGCUUACACUGCAAUGAUAACUAUCAUAUCAGCAAAAGUGUUGUUAUAUAUUUCAAGUCUUAAGGAGCAUAUGUAUCUUAAAGAGAGAUGACUAACUAAUAGAAUUUCCAUUAUGAUAUAUAAAUAACAUUAAGAUGACAGCGUGUUUGGAAAGGGCCCAUUUCAAAAUUGCGGUCUGUUUAAUACAAAUACGAACACUACUUGUAAUUCCUAUAGUCCUAUAAAAUAAAUAACUAUUAUAAAUUAUAAA